CUGCUUCGUCGGGAUCACAACCGGGCGUUGGGAGCGCGGCGGCCCGGUUCCAGGGGGCAGCUGCAGGGCCGCGGGGCAGAGGCCCUCCCUGCAUGUCGGCACACAAUGCAGAUCCAUCUGCCUUUAACGUAACGCCAUGACGCUCAAACGCUGCAGAGGCUGCAAACGAGCGCAGGCGGCUGUAAAAGCCCGCAUCGCGAACCCGGUGCGGGUGCCGCGUAUCCACCGCAUGAAAGCGGCCAUCUGCCAAGCGCGGGGCUCCGCGCUGCGCGAUCCACGCUCGGGAAAGCCACGGGGACAAAACCCGUUCGAAGUGAAGGGGUUCCCGCAGAAGGAAGGCCGGGCAGCCGGCACGCGGCCGGGCUCCCACAGCGAGCCGCUCCCCCCCGCCUCGCCGUGCCGAGCACAGCGGCGCUGCGGUGGCCCCGCGCUCGGGAGGGCCGUGCGGGGCCGGCGGCGCCACCCGCGGCUCCGCGCGCCGCGAGGCGGAACGCGGCGGGCGUCGGGCGGCCGGGCAGGGGAAGGCAGGGGAAGGCCGCCGGUGCUGCCGCGCAUCGCGGCGCUCCCGCCGGCUCCCUCACGCGAGGGCUCGGGGAGGGCUCCGUCGUCGCUGCGCCGCGGCCGAGGCCGCGACCCACGCGGCGCUCCCCGAUCCCCGCCGCCGCCCGCGGAGCGCUGGGGCCGCGCAGCCCUCCCCGCCCCCGGCUCGCUCCCGGAGCCGCUCCGCAGGGAAUCGCACGGAGCGUCUCCCCCACCCGUGCGAGCCGCGGCCCCCCCCCCCCCUCCGCCUCCCGCAGCCCCGCAGAGCCGCUGCCAUUAUGCUCCGCCGUCUCCUGGCCGGGCCCAGCGGCGGGCGGGCGGCCGGAGCGGUGCUGACCGCGGCCGUGCCCGCCUGAGCCCGGCCGGGCCCGGGCCGCAGCAGGCCUAUUGAUUGGGGCUGCCUUUAACCCUUUCAUGUUUGCAGAGGUAAUCCAUCCGUGGCAGUAACUGAGCGUUGGCCAAAAAAAAAAAAAAAAAAAAAGAGCCUUUCAGAGGUCAAGGUUCACAAAGAUUUGCCUACAAUCAAAUAGAUGACCAUGGGGGAUAUGAAGACCCCAGAUUUUGACGAUCUUCUUGCAGCCUUUGACAUACCAGACAUGGUUGACCCAAAAGCAGCUAUUGAAUCUGGACAUGACGACCAUGAAAGCCAGAUAAAACAAAAUGCACACACAGAUGAAGAUUCUCAUACACCAUCGUCAUCUGAUGUUGGUGUGAGUGUCAUUGUGAAAAAUGUGCGCACUAUUGAUUCUUCUGAAGGAGUAGACAAGGAUGGCCACCAUUCCACAGGCAAUGGCUUGCAUAACGGCUUUCUAACAUCCUCAGCUCUUGAUAGUUACAGUAAGGAUGAAGGGAAGUCGUUUAAAGAUGAUGGGUCAGCUUCUGAGACAACACUGAAGGAUUCGGCUUUCAACCAGUUUAGUCCAAUUUCAAGUGCUGAAGAAUUUGAUGACGAUGAAAAAAUUGAGGUAGAUGACCCUCCAGACAAAGAAGAGAUGCGUGCAAAUUUCAGAACUAAUAUCUUGACAGGUUCUGUAUCUCAGCAGGAGUAUGACAAACUGAAGGCACUUGGGGGAGAGAAUUUGAUCAAAUCUGGUAUCUCAGUUUCAAGUAGUAUAGAUAAAAAUAAAGUUGCUAAGCGGGAUACAGAGACAAACUCUGUGAAUUUAAGUAUUUAUGAGCCUUUCAAAGCUCGCAAAGCAGAGGACAAAUUGCUAAAAGACAAUUCUGAGAAGCUUCUUGACAACAGAGUACUUGAUGGAAAACUGAGCGCUGAAAAAAGUGAAACAAAUCUUGCCAGCAUUUCACAGUCCAAAGCAAAGUCAUCAGCAAAGCUUUCUUCGUGCAUUGCUGCGAUUGCAGCACUGAGUGCUAAAAAGGCAGCUACGGAUACCAGUAAGGAUUUACAGUCUAAUUCCGGAGAGUCUUCUCCUUUGCCAAAAGAUAUGAGUGAAGGUCCCCAGACUACUGAAAAAUCACCUGAAUCUCAGAGUCUUAUUGAUGGUGCUAGAAAGCCAUCUGUUAAACCGCCUGAUAGUCCCAGAAGUGUAUCAAGUGAAAACAGUAGCAAAGGGUCUCCAUCUUCUCCUGCAGGGUCCACACCAGCAAUUCCUAAGGUUCGCAUAAAAACCAUCAAGACAUCCUCCGGGGAGAUCAAGAGAACUGUUACUAGAGUGUUGCCAGAAGUUGAUUUGGACUCGAGUAAAAAAACAGAGCAGACUGCUUCUAUGGUAACUUCCAUGACGUCCCUCCUGUCCUCACCGACUUCUGCUGCUGUUCUUUCCUCUCCGCCUAGAGCUCCUAUCCAGUCCGCAGUCGUUACCAAUGCAGUUGCAUCUGCAGAACUCACACCAAAGCAGGUCACUAUCAAACCUGUGGCUACUGCCUUCCUCCCAGUUUCAGCAGUGAAAACAGCAGGUUCACAAGUCAUUAAUUUGAAGCUUGCUAACAAUACUACAGUGAAAGCCACUGUGAUAUCUGCUGCUUCCGUGCAGAGUGCCAGUAGCGCCAUUAUAAAAGCUGCCAAUGCCAUACAGCAGCAGACUGUUGUGGUGCCAGCAUCAAGCCUUGCGAGUGCUAAACUUGUGCCAAAGACGGUCCAUCUUGCCAACCUUAAUCUUCUGCCUCAGGGUGCUCAAACCACCUCUGAACUCCGACAAGUGCUAACGAAACCUCAGCAACAAAUAAAGCAGGCAAUAAUUUCUGCUGCAGCCUCACAGCCUUCUAAAAAGGUGUCUCGAGUCCAGGUGGUGUCAUCUCUACAGAGUUCUGUAGUGGAAGCGUUCAAUAAGGUGCUGAGUAGUGUCAACCCUGUCCCAGUUUACAUCCCCAACCUUAGUCCCCCUGCCAGUGCUGGAAUAACGUUGCCCACACGAGGUUAUAAGUGUUUGGAGUGCGGUGACUCCUUUGCCCUGGAGAAGAGCCUGACCCAGCAUUAUGACAGGAGGAGCGUGCGAAUCGAAGUGACUUGCAAUCAUUGUACAAAGAAUUUAGUUUUCUACAACAAAUGUAGUCUGCUUUCCCACGCACGUGGACACAAGGAGAAAGGAGUUGUAAUGCAGUGUUCGCACCUGAUUUUAAAACCAGUCCCAGCAGAUCAAAUGAUAGCAUCUCCUUCAAGCAAUACCGCUGCGCCCAUGGUUCAGAGCCCGGCGGGAGCUGGUUCACACGCUGUAACUAAGAUACAGUCUGGCAUAACGGGAACAGUCAUAUCAGCCCCAGCAAGUACACCCAUCAUCCCAGCCAUGCCGCUAGACGAAGAUCCAUCAAAACUCUGUAGGCAUGGUCUAAAGUGUUUGGAGUGCAGUGAAGUUUUCCAAGAUGAGACAUCUCUUGCUACACAUUUCCAGCAGGCUGCAGACACAAGUGGACAAAAGACAUGCAAUAUCUGCCAGAUGCUGCUUCCUAACCAGUGCAGUUUUGCAUCACACCAGAGAAUUCAUCAGCAUAAAUCUCCAUACACGUGUCCUGAAUGUGGAGCAAUCUGCAGAUCUGUCCACUUCCAGACUCAUGUCACUAAGAACUGCCUGCAUUAUACUCGAAGAGUUGGUUUUCGCUGCGUGCAUUGCAAUGUUGUAUACUCUGAUGUGGCGGCACUCAAGUCUCACAUUCAAGGUUCUCAUUGUGAAGUCUUUUACAAAUGCCCUAUCUGUCCCAUGGCAUUUAAAUCUGCUCCCAGCACACACUCCCAUGCCUAUACACAACACCCGGGUAUCAAGAUAGGCGAACCAAAAAUAAUAUAUAAAUGCUCUAUGUGUGACACUGUGUUUACUCUACAACCUUUGCUCUAUCGCCACUUUGAUCAGCACAUUGAAAACCAGAAGGUGUCUGUUUUCAAGUGUCCAGACUGUUCUCUUCUGUAUGCACAGAAACAGCUUAUGAUGGAUCAUAUCAAGUCAAUGCAUGGAACUUUGAAAAGUGUUGAAGGGCCACCAAACCUGGGGAUAAAUUUACCUCUGAGUACGAAACCCACAAAUCAGAACUCAGCCAGCCACAACAAAGAGGACACAAAAUCCAUCAACGGAACAGAGAAGUUAGAGAAGAAAUCUCCUUCUCCUCUAAAGAAAGGAGAGCCUAAAAAAGUCAGCAGUCGUGGCUGGACAUGUUGGGAUUGCGAUAGGUUCUUCACCCAGAGAGACGUUUACAUCUCCCACAUGAGGAAAGAACAUGGGAAGCAAAUGAAGAAACACCCUUGUCGGCAGUGUGACAAAUCUUUCAGCUCGUCCCAUAGUUUAUGUCGUCACAACCGCAUCAAGCACAAAGGCAUUAGGAAGGUUUAUACAUGCUCGCAUUGCCCAGACUCAAGACGUACCUUUACCAAACGGCUGAUGCUGGAAAAACAUAUUCAGUUGAUGCACGGCAUUAAAGACCCUGAUGUCAAAGAAAUGACUGAGUCGACUAAUAUGGAAGAAAGGGAAGUGAAAGAAGAUGCAAAGGUUCCCAGUCCAAAGCGUAAAUUGGAAGAACCUGUCCUGGAAUUCAGGCCUCCCCGAGGUGCAAUCACACAGCCACUGAAGAAGCUAAAAAUCAAUGUUUUUAAGGUUCACAAGUGUGCUGUCUGCGGCUUCACAACCGAAAAUCUCCUCCAGUUUCACGAACACAUUCCUCAGCAUAAAUCUGACGGCUCUUCGUACCAGUGCAGGGAGUGUGGACUCUGCUACACAUCUCACGUGUCUCUCUCCAGGCACCUCUUCAUCGUACACAAGCUGAAGGAGCCGCAGCCAGUCUCAAAGCAGAACGGGUCUGGGGAGGAUAAUCAGCAAGAGAACAAACCCAACCACGAGGACGAACCGACCGACAGCACGGUGUCAGACAGGAGAUGCAAAGUGUGUGCAAAGACUUUUGAAACUGAAGCGGCCUUAAAUACUCACAUGAGAACACACGGCAUGGCCUUCAUCAAGUCAAAAAGGAUGAGCUCGGCUGAAAAGUGAUCGGAGCGUUGGGACAUGGAAAUCUCUCUCCACAUUGGAAUAGUAAUGACGUUUUUGUUACAGAAAGUUCAAGGUAUAAUAGUGCUAACAGUACUGUUCAGGCUGUUGCAAUAUAUUCUGCAUAACGACGUCCCCCUCACCUCAUUGUCUAUACCCUCGGAACCAUUGAAGCAGUAUUUGAGUUGAAAAGAGUUUGUAUAUAUUUAAACUAAUAACUUUUAUACUCUUUGUUACGUGUUUGUAUUGGUAUCUAGUGGAAAUUUUUUGUUUGUUUCGUUUCGUUUUCUGGUUUGUUUGUUUGUUUUUGUAGUAAGUUUCUCUAAAACAGAGUUCUUAAUGCUGGGGAAGUUUCCUGGGGUCUCUUAAACCGUUUCUUACGUGAAUGCUUCUGACAGAACAUUUAGCAAAUGGGAACACAACCGAAGGCAGCGCCUGGAGGGAAGAAAAAGCAAGGAAGCCAAGGGGAUAUGCCACAUCCUGCAGGACUCUGGAUGAUUCUGCUUGUGGCAGGAAGCUUUCAGACUUUCUCUCCAAAAACAAUGUCCCUGCACAUGUAAAGUGCAGUGCUGGUUGAGGUGCUGACACCAGAACAGGUGCAGACACCUCAGGGGAUCACGUACUUCUGACAUGCAUAAUUGCACAAGUAUAUAUAUAUAUAUAUAUGUAUAUGUAUCAUGAAGUAAUUUGUAGCCAUCAGGUGCUUGUGGUCAAAGCUCCAAUAGUUAUAAAAGGGCUGGGCUGCUCUGGAUUAAACAAGUAAGAUGUAAUUAGAGGCAUAGGUUUAUCAUUAUAAUGAUGUUUUUUUGUGUGUUUUUUGUUGGUUUUUGGUUUUUUUUUUUUUUGUUAUGUAAUUUAUUAAACAUUAUAGAAGUGAUUACGCAGCAUUAAGUAUUUUCCUUUAUCUCUGGUUAUCAAAAGAACAGAGCCAACCCUUGCUGCCGGGGUUGGCGUUUCCCAGCUCUGUUUGCUAAUGCCAAAUGUCCCGGUGCUCAGUGUUCAACCACAGCCGUCGAGGAGCAAACGCACCACACCAGCCCACGUGGGUACGACUGGCACUUCACCUCUAGCACAGACCUCACAGAGCUUCAAAGUGCAUCCAACACCACUGGUGAGCUUUCACCGGGUGCAGAAAGGUACCGCGCUGUCCCUUUCGUAUGUGGUUCUCUGUGAGAGUUACAUUUUUUGUUUUCUUUUUGCAUUUUAUACCUUGUACGAAUCCCUAGAAGACCUUUUUCUACUUUUUUUCUUUUCUUUUUUCUUUCUUUUUUUUUUUUUAAGAAAAAAAAGAAACAAAUCUUGUACAUAUAGAUAGCUGCAUGAUAUACGGUAGUAAUUGUUCGGUUCCUUAAAAGUCUUGCUGCUGUCAGAUGUUACUAUACACUACGUCCAUUACGACUGUAUUAAACACAUUUCGUAUGUAAAUAAAUGUGGAGCAUUUUGCCCCAAAA